AUGGGCAUUAGUAACAAGACGAAAGUACAGUUGAUGUUGAGAGGAGAUGCUAAAACAGUGUUUCGUCCCAAACGUCCCGUAGCUUACAGUGUACAAGGGGCAGUUGAGGAAGAAAUUCAACGUCUUUUGAGCCUAGGCAUUCUCAAGCCGGUUGAUCAUUCGGAUUGGGCCGCACCUAUCGUUGCUGUGCGGAAACCAAACGGACAAAUUCGUAUUUGUGCCGAUUUUUCUACUGACCUGUACAAUGUGUUAGAGCCAAAUCAGUACCCCUUGCCUCUGCCGGAGGAUAUUUUUACGAAAAUGGCAGGGUGCAUAAUUUUCAGUCAUCUGGAUCUCUCUAAUGUUUAUUUACAAGUGGCAGUCGAUCAACAGUCUCAGCAUCUGCUAACCAUCAACACCUACAAGGGACUCUUCCAAUACACUCGGCUCACUCCCGGUAUCAAGGGAGUGCUUUUCAGCAGCUGA